GUCUCAUUUGUCUGCAUUUCGAGUGAAGGCAGUCAAAAACAAGGAAUUUGCAAAUACAAGUAUAAAUUUUCACAGGGUAAAACUGAACGGAAGACGAAAAUGAAAAGGAGAUCCAGCUGGAUUGAGAACUGUGCAAGUUAGGAAAUCUAUCCGGUUGCGGAUCCUAUGAAAACACUUGGGUGAUCAGUAGUGUACAAUAUAAACAGGAUCCUACAUACACUUAGCCAAGGUCAGUGCGGCAAUUUUAUUAAUUUGGCAGUGCUUCUGCCCUGUGCUUGAAUGGAAGAUGAAAUGAGAACCAGAGGAUUAAACAAAAGAACUGCUCAGUUAUGACAUCUGCAAUGCGCCGUCUUGGACAGGAAAUUUCCAAACUUGGACUUCGGAGGCGAAAUAGAUCAACGUCGGAAAGUGAUAGCGAUGUUUUCAGCUCCACGGAUGAAUUACCAGCCAAAGGAGGAUUAGAGGAUCAACCGGAGAAUGCUUUCUCUGCGGAUGCUAACUUUGAGAAUCGUAGUGCUUCGUCGUCAGUCGAAUCGACGGAUCCACUGCGACAAAGACGGCAUUCAAGGAAUGAGUCAGAUGAGGACGUGGAAUGUAAGGAGCGAAGGAGUUCCAUCAAAGCUGCCCUCAGACCAGUUCUUUCUCGCAAGAGUCGUUCCGAUUUGGCGAAAUACUCGCGUCCGAACUUCGACCAUAAACUAAAACAAGGUCCACUGGAGAGAAACGGCUCUAAAAACAGCAUCAAGGAUGGCAACUUUGAUUGGAUUACCGCUGUGAAAAACGGAAAGGGCAAGGAAACUAAAGCAUCUUCAUUCCCAUAUCGUGUUGCAGGAAUAAGUGAGGCAAUGGGCCACGUAGACAAAACACAGAAACCAAAAAGAAGCAGAAUGAAACGCAGCAAGUCGUUUAGCGGCUUGUUGGGUUGGAGGCAAGGGACGAGACAAGGGCGAAAAGAUUCGGCUGGAAAUAUCAGCUGCCAUCAGAAACCUUUGAGAAGAACUAAUUCUUUUAGCGGCAAAGGUGACAAAAGCAAUUUAAAUGUGGAGAAUUCUAUCGCUAAAAAGUUGCAAAAUCAAGCCUUCAUGACACCUGAUACGAAUCCAACCAAUAGAAAUGUUUCACCGAACAUCUACAUCACGAGCUUUCCCUCUUCAAAUGCAGGCGAACAUACGCAGAACGGGCGCGCUCGCAUGAGUUACAGGAGCUUCAUGGCGUUAGAGGGUUUUAGAUACGAAGAGGGAAUGAUUGAAACUGACUUAUGUUCGACAGAGCUUUGAUUUUUUUCACCCGUGAAAUCAUUGCGCAACUUAGUAUUGAACGCUGCUCAGGAUUUUUCUCGUUCGUAUGCAUGGCACUUGACCCAGCUAUCCAUGACGGGUCAGAACUAUGUCGAUUGCCUCGCUGCACAAUUUACUUCUACGAAUGGACAGGUACAAUUUUGAACCAUUUUUGUGGAACAAAAAGGAGUCGUAGUUUAGGCUCGUUGUGUAACAGUGUUUUGAUCGGGAGCUUGCUAGGCAAGGACUUAUUAACAGGAACACUCUAAAGAGUAGCGGGUUAACGUUAAUUAAGAAUAAUGAGGGUCACCUACAAUCGUUAUCUUAUAUUGCUCGUAUCGUAGAUUGAUGUAGCAUAACUAACACGCAUCCCUUGACUUUGCGGCCCGGGUAACAAACUACUUUGCCUAACAUAAACAGUGAGGUGUGUUAGUAUUACAAAGUACAUAACUUUUUUUUUCAAAACCUUAAGUGGAUGUGGUGGGAUAUAUUACAUAUUAAAGUUAUUGUCAAGUGGAAUAUUGUUCCGUGUUAUCUUACAGCCAACGGCUUAUCAGCGUGACAAACUCUCUCAAGAAGUGUUUUGUAAAACUGUAAUUUUAAUAUGUCACUUGCCAAGGCAAGUUUAAUAAUUAGAAAAUAAAACAUAUUGUAUGACACUUCAUUCCGUUUUGAGUUAAUGAAAAUUAAUCAGUAACCCACCUGCUGUGUUUGUAGAAUGGCGAUCACACAAAGUGAUCAUAUCGAUGAAUGUGAAUGUCUUUUAAAAAUAACUCAACCUUAUAGCUUGCUGUUCAAAAAGCAAAUUCUCCCACUUGCUAUUCAGUGAGUUCAUAAUCGACUGCCACAUUGCGAAAAGAAUGGUUUUGGGUACAUUGG